UUUAAAUUAAAAAAACUAACUCACUCACUAAAAUCAAUAUAAACUUACUGGAAUAGGAAUAUGAGCGAUAAUUUUGGAAUUGGUGCAUUUAUCAUUGUUUUAAUUAUCAUAGUACAAUCUAUUGUUGGGAGCUAUUUUACUUAUAAAAAUAUCAGAUUCUUUCACCAAACAGGAAUCUCUUUGGUUCUUGGGAUAGCAGCUUCUGCAAUUGCUUAUUAUGGUUUAGACUAUCAGGCAAAGCUCUAAUAAGAAACAUUUAUUUACAUAUUUUUGCCAGCCAUAAUUUUUAGUGAAGGAUACUCACUAAAAAAAAAAUUAUUUUUUAAAAACAUGUCAUACAUACUAAUUUAUGGAUUUUUAGGAACAUUAAUAACCUUUACUUUUCUGACAAUAUCUAUGGAGUUUCUAUGUGACAAAAAUUUGAUCAUUGUAGAAAGAGGAAAUACUAGUUUUGACGAUGGUGACCCUAUAGUAGGAAGUCCUAUGGAAUUAAACACCAAAGAAAUAAUUCUUUUUAGCGCUGCUCUGAGCUCAAAAGAUACAUUCAUGGCAACAAAUAUGGUCAAUUAUGAAAUGUAUCCUACUUUAUUUCAUAUUAUAUUUGGAGAAGGUAUCAUGAAUGAUGCAACUUCUUUGGUUCUCUUCUAAAGUUUUCAAGCCUAUGUUGAAGACGAGUCUGAUUUUAGUUGGAAUACUCUUCCACAUGUUUUGCUUAAUUUUAUGCUCAGCAUAGUUAUGUGUAUUGUAAUAGGGAUAUUUUUUGGUGUUUUGUGCACUCUGAUAUUGAAACACAUGAAAUUUAUCAACCUUACAGUUAUACAUGAAAUUUUAAUAGUAUUUAUGUGCUGCUAUUUAGGCUAUUGUGCUAACUUAUAUAUAAAUUUAUCAGGAAUCAUAUCACUCCUUUUUAGUGGUUUUGUUAUUGGUCAUUAUGGAUUCCAUAACCUUUCUGAUAAAGCUAAGAUUUGUGCUAAUGUAACAUUCUAAACAAUAUCAAGUGGAGCAGAAAAUUUCCUAUUCGCAUAUGUUGGCUUUACCACUUUCUCUUUCUAUAAAAAUGCUUGGAGCUUUUCUCUAAUUGGAUGGGUUAUACUUAUUAUAACUAUUAGCAGAAUAUUUUAAGUUUUUGUAAUAAGUGCUAUUUUCAAAAUAUUUUACAGAAAAAGUACUUUUAUAGUUAAAUUUAGAGAACAAGCAGUUAUUUGCUUUACAGGAAUAAGCAGGGGUAUUCUUGGUUUUAUAUUGAUGGAUCAAGCUGAUUCUGUUUAUUAUUAAGAUUUAUUAAAUAGCACUAUGGUUGGAGUACUUAUAAUUACAACCCUUUUGUUUGGUUUAAUAAAUCCUAAGCUUAUUGAUUGUGUUUUGAAAGAUCUGAAAAAACAAGGAGGAUAAGAGAAUGAUAAAAAUAUUCCUACUAUAAAUAAUAAAUAAGAUUAAGAUGUUGAAAAUUAAGAAAAUAAAUCUUAAAUUAUCAAGAAUUAUACAGGUAAAUCUAUGAAUGAGAUAAACUUAAAUUAAUCCACUAACUAAUCAAAUAAAAUAGAAUAAAAUAUUGAAAAUUUUGAUUAAGAAGAACAAAAUUCAGAAUAAGAAAAUUUUGCUAAAAAAAGAUAAAAAAUAGAAGCUUUAUUAAGUGAUACUUACAACGAAAAAUUGUUUCGUUCUAAGUUAUAAUUUAAAUUUUGUAAAUUUAAUGAGAAGUAUAUCAAAACUUUCCUAAUAAGAGAUUAUUAAUCUAAGUUAGAUGAAUUUAUUGUUGCUAAUUUAAUGCUAAAAGAAACUAAAAUGUAACUAAUAAAACCUGGUAACAAAAGCAGGAACUCGAUAUUUAUAGCAAAUAGUCUGCAAAAGUUAAAAUCUGCUAUAAACACAUCCAAAUUUCAAAAUAUUUAGCAAUAAGAAAUAGAAAAUUAGCCAGAAUUAUAAAUAUUUAAAUCCGUUUCUAAGAAAGAUAGUAAAGAAAGUAAGAAAUUUUAGUAAAAUCCAAUAUAAUUGGAAAAAAUUAAUUCAAGUAAAAAACUAUCUAAAUAAAAUAGUUAGACAAAAAAAGAAUAGCUUUCGAAUUGUUAUGUAAAAUUAGAAUUAAAUUCAUAAAGUUAAACUGUCUUUAAUAAUGCUUGUAAUGAGGAAAUUUUGGAAGUUAGUGAAAAAAGUGAAUAAAAAGAAUGAUUUCAAGUGAUGUAAAACAAAAAUCACGCUCAUUUAAUUUUUUAAUGUGCAAAUAUAAUAAUUUUAUUUAUUUAUUUAUGAAAAAUACAUCAUAUGAUUUAUAUACUACUUAAAAUAUCUAAUUGUAAUUAUUAAAAUAAAAAACGCUUUUUUAUUUAUUUGUAUGAAAU